CUGGCGCGGGGUCCCGGCAGCUGCGUGGUGGACGAGAUGGAUUUCUCCGGGAUGGAGCUGGACGAGGCCCUGCGGAAGUUCCAGUCGCACAUCCGGGUGCAGGGGGAGGCGCAGAAGGUCGAGCGCUUGAUCGAGGCCUUCAGCCAGCGCUACUGCGUGUGUAACGCGGCCCUGCUGCGCCAGUUCCGCAACCCGGACACCAUCUUCAUCCUGGCCUUCGCCAUCAUCCUCCUCAACACCGACAUGUACAGCCCCAGCGUCAAGGCCGAGCGCAAGAUGAAGCUCGAGGACUUCAUCAAGAACCUGCGAGGGGUGGACAAUGGCGAGGACAUCCCCCGGGACAUGCUGGUGGGCAUCUACCAGCGCAUCCAGAGCCGCGAGCUGCGCACCAACGACGACCACGUGUCCCAGGUCCAGGCUGUGGAGCGCAUGAUCGUCGGCAAGAAACCGGUGCUGUCCCUGCCCCACCGCCGCCUGGUCUGCUGCUGCCAACUCUACGAGGUGCCCGACCCCAACCGGCCCCAGCGCCUGGGGCUGCACCAGCGCGAGGUUUUCCUCUUCAACGACCUGCUGGUGGUGACGAAGAUCUUCCAGAAGAAGAAGAUCCUGGUGACCUACAGCUUCCGGCAGAGCUUCCCGCUGGUGGAGAUGCACAUGCAGCUCUUCCAGAACGCCUAUUACCAGUUUGGGAUCAAGCUGCUGUCGGCGGCGCCGGGGGGCGAGCGCAAGGUGCUGAUCGUGUUCAACGCCCCGAGCCCCCAGGACCGGCUGCGCUUCGCCAGCGACCUGCGCGAGUCCGUGGCCGAGGUGCAGGAGAUGGAGAAGUACCGGGUGGAGGCGGAGCUGGAGAAGCAGAAGGGCGUGGCGGGGCCGCGGGGCGCGGGGCCCCCCCGCGAGGCGCUGAACGGGCUCAGCCGCAGCUCCCUGGAGGAGGCGUUCGGGGCCGAGGGGCUCAAACGGAGCGCGCUGAGCAGCUCCCUGCGAGACCUGUCCGACAGCG